AUGGCUGCCGUCCCCAUGAUGUGCGAGACCGGCCUGCUCUCCCCGGAGCCCUCCAGCCCCACGCAGUAUUAUGGAGAGUCUUCUGAUACCUACUACCAUGUUGACCGUUGGCAGAAACUCCGCACGGCUGUCAGGAAGCUGGAAUUCUGGGAGAACUUCAAUGCUGAGCUGAUAGGUAGCGGCUUCUUCUCCAAGGUGUAUAAGGUGACUCAGAAUGCCACCUGCAAAGUGAUGGUGGUGAAAAUCUACAAGAAUGAUGUGGACCAGGAGGUGAUUGUGCGUGAGAUCAGCCUGCUGCAGAAGCUUUCACACCCAAAUAUUGUCAGGUACCUUGGGAUAUGUGUGAAGGAUGACAAGCUGUACCCAAUUUUGGAGUAUGUUAACGGCGGGUGUCUGGAAGAGCUCCUGGCCAGCAAGGAAAUCACUCUCACCUGGAAGGAGAAGGUAGACUUGGCUUCAGACAUCACAAGAGGGAUGAUCUACCUGCACUCCAAGAACAUCUACCACCGGGAUCUCAACUCCAAGAACUGCCUCAUUCGAGUGACACAACGGGGCCGGGAAGCCUUGGUGACUGAUUUUGGCCUGGCUCGGGAAGUGGUGGAGCUACCUGUGAAGGACCCAGAGAGGAAGCUGUCUCUUGUGGGCUCUGCCUUCUGGAUGGCACCUGAAAUGCUGCGAGGGGAGCCCUAUGACAGGAAGGUGGACGUGUUCUCGUUUGGCAUAGUCCUGUGUGAAAUACUGGGCAGAAUUCCAGCUGAUCCUGAAGUGCUUCCCAGGACUCGGGAUUAUGGCUUAGAUGUUGCUGCCUUCCAAGAAAUGAUCAGUGAAUGCCCCAAGCGGGUUGUGGACCUAGCUGCUAGCUGCUGCUGGGUGGAAGCAUUCAAGAGGCCAUCUUUCUCUGAACUCCUAGAUGAGCUGGAAGAUGUAGCAGAGAGCCUGGAGCCCAAGAAGGACAAUCAGCUGUCUGGAUGAUAUCCCAGGCUCUUCUGAGACCUGGCAGAGUCAGACUCAAACUGUAAAUUACCUGUACAUCCAAUAUUUGCACGGGCAGAAAGAGAGCAAGGGUGAAAGAGCAAAGCAAUGCAAUGGUAUUUAUUUAACUGCAUUCUCAUUCUCUGGUUUCUCACAUUGAAAAUGUGGUUUAAAAAAAAUGCAAAGGGGCAGGUUUCCUGGGGUAUUUUUUUUUCUAGAUGAGGUUUUUAACAGAAACAAUUCAGACUUUAAGUAUUUAGGUUUUUUUUUAAAGGAGGAAGUACUAAUUUUUGUUGU